AUGUCAGACAAUGCCCACCCUGGAGUCCGGAGCCUGCUGGCCAAGUUUGAGAACGGCGAGAGUCCCAUUGUCUCCCCAGAGUCGCGUGGCAGGUCUCCAGUCAGCUCCGCUACCCCGGGAUCAACGAGACCGCUCUCCAAGGUCCGUGCUAGCUUCGUUACCGUUGACGGAGUCAUUCAAUCGAACCCCGGUUCGCCGUUGAGGAAGACAAGCGGGCGCAGUGAUAGUUCUGGCAUGUUUGGCCCGCAGAUCAAUGCGGACGAGGUUGAGGCACGCCGGCAGAAUGUGAUCUCUCCAACUCCCGCUGGCAAUGUCGCCAAAUCCCAGACCGGCGUCCUUGAUCAAGCUGUCCUCGAACUCGAGCCAAAGGAAGCUCUAGCAAUGACUACCGAACACAACGUGGAUAUUUCAAAGGCGAAAAGUCGUACAGACACCGCUGCCCCGCCCAAGGAGCCGACACCUGUAAAGAAAGACGAGACUCCGUCAACCGCAACAAAGCCUAUUGGCUCUGGAGCUUCUACCGAGAAACCAGCUCAAAAGACACUCACCAAACGGCCCUCCAACAUCCACGCUGCUAAGGCUAAUGCGACGAGCAAGCCGGCGACUACUUCCUCCAAAUCACCUACCAGCAACGCGUCUGCUAAGCCUUCGGCUCGCGAGGUGGCCAAGGAGCGAUCCGAUGCUCUCGCUCGCAAGCCGAGUCGCGUCUCCAUGACUCCAGCAGCAAGGACCGCUACCCGGACGAUCCGAGGCGCAACUCCCUCUCAGGAAUCCCACAAGACCUCUCCCAUAAACUUCCAGGGGGGCAAGCCUCGCACACGAUCCCCUACCCGGUCUGUUCGACUACCCGCUUCAGCAACCGCGCCGACACAAUCAUCCUCAGCCAGAUUAGGAUCUCAGGGUCCAUCGGCCCCAACUACGCGAGCUAGCAACACUACUUCGACCUUGACACGAAAGCCUUCCACACUCAAGAGCGCUCCUGGCUCAAGUCAAACACGGACGACCAACGGCACCACUGGAAGCGUGCGUCGCCAGUCUUCUCGUCCUUCUCUUCCCGCACAGUCGACUCAAGACCGGCCAAGCUCUCGCGCCAGUGAAGCUGGCGCCAAGCCUGCCGACGGGUUCCUCGCUCGCAUGAUGCGACCUACCGAGAGCUCUAGGAGCAAGCUACAUGACCGACCUGAAACCAGAGCUCCUGCUAAGAGUAACACUGUGACGUCUAAGGCGCCUAGGAUGUCAAUAGGAAAAGCCUCGGAGCGCAGCACAUCCCAGGUCAAGGCCAAAGCUGCUCCUCUGCAACCCCAAAAUGAUAAAUCUCAGGCUUCCAACAAGGACACCCAGCCUCCAGUGGAACAUACUAAGCCUCUCCAAAGCGAGGAGAGCGAGAAGGAGAACACCAAGAAAUCUGUAUCGACGAUCCCAGAAGAGCCUUCCGUGGAAGAGCCCAAGAAAUUUGUUGCUGAGCAAUUGAAGCCUGAAGUCCCUGCUGCUUUGGUCAAGCAAGAACAUGCGUCCAAGCCGAUUGAGGCAGCGAAGACUGAAGAAGCCUCUGAGAACACCUCUGAGGCUGUCGUUGAGUCGGCUGAGCCAGCUACCGAGGAAGCUUCCACUGAGAUGCCUCCCGUGACUGCGACCGAGACUGUCACUAACGAUGCCCCCAAGACCUUAUCUCAGCCCGCUGUUGAGGUAGCUUCAGUUGAAGCCGCCUUUGAGUCCAAAGAGCAAGCCCCUCAGGAGGCCCCUGUGGUUCCAGAUGUAAAGAUGGUUGAGACUGUCUCAGCGGAGGUCUUCACGCAAUCCAACGAUGUGAUGGACUCCGAGGCCCAGAUUAAGCAGCCCAAGGAAGAGACUCAGGAGGUGGUGGUCGAGAAUGCUGUUGACGAGCCCCCAGCUGUUGAGCACGAGACGCUUAAGUCGCAUCCACUUCCAGAAGUUCCCCAGUCUUCUGAGGUCACGGCAAAGGCCUCUGAGGAAGUUAUUCCCAAAUUGACGGAAGAGACUCUUCCCUCCGAGGCUAUCGCCGAUGAGGACGUCUUCGACAUGUCUAAGGACACCCCUGCCCCUAAGUCCUCUGCCGAGGCAAAGGAACCAGCUACCAAGCAGGCCAUGUCGGACACCGUUGACAUCGACUUCGCCAGCCUGAAUCUGAGCUGA